UUUAUUUGCUGUAUGUCCGAAGUUGUGAUGGGAAUAAUACUUUUCAUUUUUGUGUCGCAUUGAAGUUUUAUCAAUUAAUUCUUUUACUUGUUGAAUUGAAGAUUGUAGAGUCUUUGUUUUUGGAGCAGAAGCAGUAGUUGAAAUUAGAGAUGAGGGGAAGUCCUGUGAGAUAGUCCGAAUGACCUGAAAUUGCUUGAUCUGGUUUCUUUUUCUCUUUUUAACAGGAAAUCUUUCCUCCUUUUUAUAAUUCAGAAUUGUCUUUCCUCGAAAACUUGGACAAUCUAUCUCAUGUACUUUAUUCUUUUCAGGUAUAGCCACACAGGCUUCUAUCAUUAUAUUAACAUAAUUAUAGUUAAUUAAAUUUCUUUUAGUUUCUAAUCUUUCUACACAUGAAGAAUGUGUACCUCCCGCCAACAGUGUAAUUAUAAGUGCUGACGCGGCGAGUUUGUAUCCGCGAAAGAAUGGAUUAUAUUUUAAAAAUAACUUUAAAGCAAUAAUUAUCAGCACAAAUGAUAAAAUAAUCAUGAAUAUCAUUUGUAUACUUAUCAAUUCAAAGAGUAUAUUUUUCCAAUCAAGGAACUGCAAACUUGCAAAUGGAUUAGUCAACCAAUUGUUUUCACUAUUUUCUAUAAAUAUUUUAGAUGAUCCUUCCUUUACUAUUACUUUUGCCUUCUCUGGCAAAAUAAAUUCCAAUUGUCCUUUUAAUGUGAAAUUUGUAAUUCCUCCCGAACAAUAUACAUUACAAAUCUCAUUUAUCUCUGAACGAUCAAACGAAAGUACAAUCUUUUGAUCAAUCCAUUUUUCACUACAUUUAGCUGUGAAUACAUUGUCCCCGGGGCACUUUAUCUCUGCAUAAGCUAAUCCAUAUUCGGUAGUACAAUUAAAUUUAAAUAUUGCUCCCAUACAGCUGUAACAUCCUUUUAAAUAUUCAGGAUUUAUUUUGCAACUUGUAAUAUCGAUAUUGCUAGAAAUCAGCCAAUCUUCAAAUCUUAUCAU